AUGCGUAUUAACUUUCAUUUCUUCGUCAUCUUGGCCCCCGCUGUAACAAUGACGUUGGGUGCGACGUACCAAAGGUCGAGCCAGCUCACAGGCCAGAGCUUCCUUGACGCGUUCAAUUUCCAAGCCAUCUCGGACCCCACCAACGGCAGAGUGACCUAUGUCGACGAGAGUACUGCCAAAGCAGAUGGACUUGUUUCAGUGGCUAAUAAUAAACUCACGCUCCGAGCGGACUAUACUACGAAAUUGUCCUCCUCCGACCCGGGAAGAAAAUCUUUUCGAAUCCAGUCAAAUUCCCAAUACGAAACUCAUGUGGCAAUUUUCGACAUUGCGCAUAUGCCACAGGGUUGUGGAACAUGGCCGGCUAUUUGUGCGUUCAAUUUGUUAUGGUCGGAAGUGGGGGCAAACUGGCCGAAUGAAGGCGAAGUGGACAUUGUAGAAGGUGUCAAUGAUCAGACUCCCAACAAAUGCAGUCUACACACAAGCUCUGGUUGCACAAUGCCCUCUUCUCGCUCAAUGACAGGCACUGUCGAUGGUACAGACUGCGACGCAUAUGAUAACGGCAACUCGGGGUGUGGGGUCAAUAUCAACGACAACAAGAGCUAUGGCCCGCAGUUUAACAGCAACGGGGGUGGCUGGUAUGCGAUAGAAAGGAGCUCAAGUUACAUCAAGAUUUUCUUUUGGGAGAGGACGAGUGGCUCUGUUCCAAGCGACGUCAGCUCUCCCGGAUCAAGCAUCAAUACUAGCAAAUGGGGAACACCCGCCGCGUACUUUCCCAAUACUGAUUGCAAUUUCUCCACUCAUUUUGGAGAACACAACAUCAUCAUCAACCUUACAUUUUGCGGAGACUGGGCAGGCAGCAGUUCGGUUUACAGCGCGUCUGGAUGUCCAUCUACAUGUGUCGACUACGUAAACAAUAACCCAUCAGCAUUCAAGAAUGCCUAUUUUGAGUUCAACUCGUUGAAUAUCUACCAAUGAGGCUCGCGUUUUGUGUGUCGUGUCGUGCCAGCAGCUACAAAGUAUUAAAUUGUACUAACAUCGCUUGUAUGCCCAGAAACCAGAAUACUCACAGUUUUGAUCUCUAAGCGUGAUAUGGAAAGGAAUCGUACCUGUGGUGAGUGAGCGCAUCGAAUCUGGUAGUCUCGCGUUAGUCUCUCCGUAGGCCGACGCGGGCAGAUCGGCAAGCCCAUAAGUACUUUGGGCUGUGGAGGGUCGUCAUUCCUCACUCGUACAUAUCUCUUAUGUAAC